CGACCUCACGAACUACCAAGCUCUAACCCGCAGAUUCUUCGGGAAAUCUGUGCUCAUCCUCAUUCGAAGAUUUCGUCCCGACACCAUCGCAUCUCAAUCUGACAUAGGUGCUCUCUUUUCACCCACAAAGCCCUAUGCAGUUAUCUAUCUUGAAGUAUGUGCCAAUCGUUUGAUCGUCGCAUCGGUUAAGUUUCUACCGAAAUCUUGAGGCUUUGAGGGGCUUCUCAACUUUUUAGCGGCACUAUUUGUUAUAUUUGGCAGUCGUUUGUAGCCUUAUGGGCCAUAGAGUGUCAUUCAUAUUUCAUGGUGGCGGAGUACGUAGGCUCUGUUCGCGAAAGAUCUGCCUGUUAAUUUCAGUAUUUAGCUUAAACAAUUUGGUAUGGGAGUUGUGACUGUAUCUAGCUCAGCUGCUCGUACUCCUUUAGGACUGAGCACAAAAUUUUCAAGUCAUUGGCCUGCACUGAAGAAACCCGCAAUUUUAGCAUUUAAAGGAGAUAAAUCCAAUAAUACAGCCUUGGUUGCACCUCAAGAGCAAGUUCCUCUGCUGAUAGAAACCGCCAAGGCACACCGUAAAAGGAUAGUGAAAACUAAUAAAUUGCCAAAGAGAGUGAAAGCUGUCUUUACUGAUGAAGCAUCUCCAUCCACCUUGGAUGUGGAUUAUAAUGAAGCUGCUGCCAAACUUGAAAAUAUAUUCAAACUCAGCCCUGUCUCUGAUACUUGUAUCGAGGAAGAUAUAGACAACGGGAUCAAAACAGCCUCACGGAGAAGGAAGAAGACUGAUAGCGACAAUCAGAUAGAUAAUGACAGUGUGGUUAGAAGCCAGAAUAAGAAGGUCAAACGACUGAGUCUUGACAAAAGAAUUGCAUUAAAAAAGAACAGAAAAGAGGAGGUGGUUGUUCCGAAAAGAAAGAAAAGAAAUGUGAAGAGUAGAGCUGAGAAAAUUGAAGAGCUUGUCAGGGACUAUUCUGCAGCAACCGAUUUAGUCAGCUUGGACUGGAAAAAAAUGAAGAUACCCCCAGUUCUUCCCUCUACAGAGCAUACUUGGCUGUUCAAAUUGAUGCAGCCUAUGAAGGCUCUCCUUCCUGUAAAAGAAGAUUUACAAAAGGAUCUUAAAAGAGAACCAACAGAGGAUGAACUAGCUGCUGCAACAAACACGAGCAGCAUUCAAGUGAGAAAAACAAUCGAAGUUGGUCGAGCUGCACGCAACAAGCUUAUAAAGCACAAUCUCCGACUUGUCUUGUUUGUGAUCAACAAAUAUUUUCAAGAUUUUGCAAAUGGCUCGAGGUUCCAAGAUCUUUGUCAGGCAGGAGCGAGGGGACUUAUAACAGCAAUUGAUCGUUUUGAGCCAAAAAGAAGAUUUCGGCUAUCCACAUAUGGUUUGUUUUGGAUAAGACAUGCCAUUGUUCGAUCCAUGACCCUCGCUAGCUUCACUCGUGUACCCUUUGGACUUGAAUCGGUUAGGGUGGAUAUUCAGAGAGCAAAACUUGAGUUAACAUUUGAGCUUCAGAGAUUACCAACAGAGGAAGAGAUAAUAGAAAGAGUUGGGAUUUCUCCUGAAAGAUACCAUGAAGUAAUGAAGGCCUCGAAACCAAUACUUUCCCUUCAUUCAAGGCAUGCAACCACCCAAGAGGAGUUUAUAGAUGCGGUCACUGAUUUUGAAGGUGUUAAUGGCGAUGGCAGGAGGCAGCCUGCUGUUCUUAGGCUCGCUCUUGAUGAUGUGCUUGAUUCCCUAAAGCCGAAGGAGAGCUUGGUGAUCCGGCAAAGAUAUGGACUUGAUGGUCAGGGAGACAGAACAUUAGGAGAAAUCGCUGGGAACUUGAACAUUUCUAGGGAAAUGGUAAGGAAGCACGAAAUCAAGGCUUUGAUGAAGCUCAAACAUCCUGCUCGGUUGGACUAUCUUCGUCGUUACGUUGUAUAAACUGACUGUGUAGUAUGUAUAAUGUAUAAGCUUCCCUUCUAGAAUUGCCUGUCAUGGCGGCCCCACGUUAUGCGGUCAUUGUCAUUGGCGGCAGGUUGAUACUUGAUUAUUUGUACCAGUCAUUUAAGCAUACCCAAAAAAAAAAGAAAAAAUCUAAACUUUAUACCAAUGUAAUAUGUGAAGGACUUGAGAUUGCACAUAAAUAUACACAUAACCAUAUAUACCUGUCA